AUGGAUUUUAAAUCUAGUUAUUCCAAUGUUUCGUUAAGCCCAAUAUACGCAAGUACUGGUGCUGUAGCAACUAUAUCAGAAGAUGGCUCAAUUUUAGCAACUCCAGUUGUUGAUGAAAUCAAUAUUGUUGCAUUAGAAGACAAUGCUGGUAACGGUACUCUUUUGACCACAGUUGAGAAUGAUGAUGAACAAGAU